AUGAAAAGGGACGCCAAAAAGGAUCUCGAAAUGCAAGAACCCGCUACAGCACCAUGGGGUCUGGGCAUUAGCGAAACCGACUUUGAGAAGCUCACAGCCGGUCUUGAGCCGCAAGAUCAUGACGACAAGUGGCGCGUCGUGGUCUCGCCUCUGGGCGAGAAUGGCAUCAUUUCCGUCCACUUUUCUCGAACCGCAACCGGCAUUCCGCACUACAUAUUGUUUAUAAGGCCGAGCGAUGGGGGCAGCAGUGGUGCAACAAUCGAGGCUAUCACCUGGGAGCAGAACAAGGGCGGGAUUUACAUCUGGGAGGAAAUGGCCAAGAUGACAGUGGUGACUAUAUCCAGAAGCCUUCUAGAGUGCGACUACGAUGUGCUUCCACUGUACAAUACCGACGAUAUAUUGUAG